AGAGGGGAGUAGUUUUCUAAGAGUAGCUGGAGAGCUUGUUCUGAACUGUGAGUGAAGUGACUCCACCAGGGAACCUAAAAAGAGUGAAAGUGCGGGACAAGACCAUGCUGGGUUGUGAGGGUGAGGCGGUGGUGCGGCGGUGGCUGACCCUGGUCACAGGACUGCUGGAGUGCCUGUGUUUUGCGGGGGCCGUUUUUGGCUGGGCCUCCCUGGUGUUCGUCCUGAAGACGGAAGGCUACUUCAGCUACCUGUGUGUCAACACUACCGGGGUCAAUGGAACACAAUUCCUAGACUGCAGUGCUCAGGAUGAACAGUUCUCCCUCGUCUUCACCAUCGCUUCCUUCAUGAACAACUUCUUGCUGCUGCCCAAUGGCUUCCUGUUCGACCGUUUUGGCACCAUGGUGGCCAGGCUGCUGGGAAUAUCAAUGUACACCUCUGGUGCCUUGUUUGUGGCCUUCUCAAGUUCAGCUCUGUCCGUUCUCCUCUUCCCGGCGCUGUCCUGCAUCUCUGUGGGAGGCAUCAUGUUUCUGGUCACCAACAUGCAGAUAGGCAACCUGUUUGGUUCCGCUCGCUCCACCAUCAUCACCCUCUACAAUGGUGCCUUCGACUCCUCCUCCGCACUCUUUCUCAUCAUCAAGCUGCUAUUUGAGGCUGGGAUCUCUCUGCGUGCCUCUUUCCUCUUCCUGGCUGCGUGUGGCAUCAUCCACCUGGUCAGGACCUUCCUCCUGCUACCCAGAACACACAUCCCCUACCCCCUCCCUGAGGGCUACACCUAUGGAAUAAACUGUGGCCAGACCAAGACUUUUAGCCCGGAGCAGACAGCAGCUAUUGCCAGCGUGCAGAGUGAAGAUGUCACAGAGGAAAUGCCUUUUAACAAGGAGAGCGCAGAGAAAGUGGCUACUUUCUGGGAGUGUUUCCUGUCCAAGUUCUUCCUCUGGCACCUGGUGUGGCUAUCUGUCAUGCAGCUGAGACACUACCUGUUCAUCGGCACCCUCAACCCCAUGCUGCAGAGACUGACCCAGGGAGAACCCACUCUGGUGAGCACAUACACCAAUGCUUUUGCUGUGACACAGCUUUGUGGGGUGCUGUGUGCCCCCUGGAACGGCCUCAUCAUGGACCGACACAAGGGCAAGCCCAGGGCCCCAGGAAUGAGUGAGAAGGAGGCAGACCUGCGUGCAUCAGUGCUCUCCCUGACCCUGACGGCGCUGCAGUGUGUCCUGUUCUCCAUUUGUGCCUCCACUCCCUUCCUCCCCCUCCAGUACCUCACCUUCAUCCUGCAGGUCCUCAACCGAUCCUUCCUCUAUGGAGGCAAUGCAGCCUUCAUCAGCAUUGCUUUUCCUCCGUGUCAUUUUGGGAAGCUGUACGGUAUGCUCAUGGCUCUGUCUGCAGUGGUGGCUCUGCUGCAGUACCCCUGCUUCACCCUGGUCAAAGGAGUGUUGGGAGGAGACCCACUAUAUGUGAACAUAGCCCUGACGUUACUUAGCCUGCUGGCUUUCAUUCAUCCUGUCUGUGUCUAUCUGCACUGUUGUGGCCUGGCAGCCCAGAGGGGUAAACCCAAGGACACUCUCCCCUCCCCCUCCUCCUAGACCAGCUCUAAAAAGGGAAACAAACACACACUUUAAAAAGGCCAUUUCAACCCUCGCUCCUCUGUUUCUUCUACAGUUUGUAUAUUAUAUACAGUUGAAGUCGGAAGUUUACAUACACCUUAGCCAAAUACAUUUAAACUCAGUUUUUCACAAUUCCUGACAUUUAAUCCUAGUAAAAAUGCCCUGUCUUAGGUCAGUUAGGAUCAUAACUUAAUUUUAAGAAUGUGAAAUGUUAGAAUAAUAGAAGAGAGAAUGAUUUAUUUCAGCUUUUAUUUCUUUCACCACAUUCCCAGUGGGUCAGAAGUUGACAUACACUCAAUUAGUAUUUGGUAGCAUUGCCUUUAAGUUGUUUAACUUGGGUCAAACGUUUCAGGUAGCCUUCCACAAGCUUCCCACAAUAAGUUGGGUGAAUUCUGGCCCAUUCCUCCUGACAGAGCUGGUGUAACUGAGUCAGGUUUGUAGGCCUCCUUGCUCACACACGCUUUUUCAGUUCUACCCAAAAAUGUUCAAAAGGGUUGAGGUCAGGGCUUUGUGAUGGCCACUCCAGUACCUUGACUUUGUUGUCCAUAAGCCAUUUUGCCACAACUUUGGAAGUAUGCUUGGGGUCAUUGUCCAUUUGGGAGACCCAUUUGCGACCAAGCUUUAACUUUUAUACAUGUCUUAUAUCAGGAUUUUAGCCAAUUCUGUCAGAGUGGGAACAAAAACUGUUUACAGACUCCUCCUAAGUGCUAAUGUUAUUUUUCAGCCCUGCAUUGACUGCCCCAUUGGUUGGUCUUGGCUACAGCUGAAGCCCAUAGGCUACUAUUGUAUGUAUUGUAGUUGAAAAUCUAUUUGAUCUGGUGCAUUCUAGCUAGCUAGUCUGCCUCCUUUUAUUCCAAUUUAAGCAGUAUUAACUGUGCACUUUGACACUGCUGCCCAAAGGACAACAACACAUAUAAACAAAUCUAGUGUUUACUACUCCUGUUAGAAUAAGGAUUAAUUGAUGUGAUAAUCAGUUUGAGGUAUAGGAAUUGUAAGGGAUUUACAGAUCUAAGAAACUGCUCAGCAACGUGAGAAGGUCAGGAGCAAGAAGAUGAUCAGAUAAUGUUGUUGAUCUUUUCUCAUCCUGUCAUACACAACUGUCUGGCUUUUUACAUAACUCAACUGAACUGACCACAGGUUCACGCUGGGUCCCCAGUGUCUCAAAUUUAAAUUCCUUCAGGAGUUUGAGAGACCAUUUUGUCAGGAAAGGCAGUGCAGGUCUGCCAGCUACUGACCUAAACUGGGGAAAACAGCUUGUUUCCUGUUGGCAUUUACUUCCCUCCUCUGAACAAACCGUGUCAUGAUGAUGGGCUUUGUAAAGUGUUUUAAAGUAUUAUAUCAACUAAUAUCAUAACAGCGAGAACCUUUAUAGGGUUUAUUUAUAGUAGAACAGGAUGUGGUAAUCACGGCUGAUUUUCUAUCAGCAAACAGUAUUGCACAGCACGAUCAUCCCCCCCACUGAAUAAACCUGAAUGUCUGGUUUUGAUAGCAGAGAUAGACCACUUAUGUCUUAUACAUGGAAGUCAACAACAUUGAAGAGACUAUUACAUUUGUAUUGAGAAUGUACUGUAUUAAUCGUGAAGGGAUUAUUUCAAUGCAGGACAUGCAGGGACUAUAGGUAUAUAUAUAUAUAUAUAUAUAUAUAUAUAUAUAUAUAUAUAUAUAUAUAUAUAUAUAUAUUUAAAUUACCUUAGCAUCUAUGUAAAACACUUUAAAAUGACAUAAGUACACAUCAUACUUGUUUUUGUUUAUAGUGAACUGUUUAUCGAUGAUAAAACAAUGCAUGUUCUUUAAACUGAAAAACUUUAUGUUUAGGCAUUGUUUAAAGUACUUAGGUUAAGCAAAUUGGCUUGUCCUCAUAGUGACCCAUUAGAGUUGUGGUGAGAUGUUUUGGGGAAUUAUAGAUGUAUAUCUAAUAUUUUGGAUGCUAGAAAGUAAACAUUGUGAGCAACAUGUUUAACCAUAUAACUUCGGUAAAUUAUUAUAAUAUAUAUAACAAAAAUUGUUCCCCCUUUGUUCUCCCCAAUUCUGUCAUAUCCAAUUACGAUCUUGUCUCAUCGCUGCAACUCCCCAACGGGCUCGGAGGUCGAGUCAUGCGUCCUCCGAAACAUGACACGCCAAACCGAACUCCUUAACACCCGCCCACUUAACCCGGAAGCCAGCCGCACCAAUGUGUCAGAGGAAACACAGUUCAACUGACAAUCGAAGUCAGCCUGCAGGCGUCCGACCCGCCACAAUGAGUCACUAGAGCGCAAUGAGCUAAUCCUCAAUUACCUAAAAUGUCUCGUUGGUGUUACUACUCCUACAGGUGACAAUGGGAAGACAUUUUUUUAAAUCUAUUAAAAUGAUGUAAAUUAUUUCCAAAAUGCCAUGCCCAUAUGCCACCGCAAUUCAAGAACGACCGUGUGCUAAAAGCGAAGUGAAAAUAUCAGGUACACAUACAGUAGUUUCAAACCCUCUCUAUCAAGCCUGAAGAUGUAUGAAUGUCCUUCUUUCACAUUUCCAGUGAAAAGGCCAAAACAAGCAACGCCACCAAGCAAACAAUUCAAAAUGAUGAGUUGUAUUAAAAAGUAUCGAUUCAACAUAGGGAACAAUAAAUCCACCAUACAUCGUAAGUAUGAUUAAUAAAAUAAAUUAUACAAAAGUGGAGGCAUGUCAAGACUUCCGCCGAAGUCAGCUCCUCUCCUUGUUCGGCGUCAGCGGCUUUCUAGCCAUCGCCGCUCCAUUUCUCAUGUUCCAUUUGUUUUGUCUUGUUUCACACACACCUGGUUUUCAUUCCAUAGUCACACUGCAUGUAUUUAGUCCUCUGUUCCUCUCGAUGUCUUUGUGUGUAAUUAUUUAUUGUUACGUGGACAUUUUGUCAGGCGCUGCACUUUAGUAUUAGACUGUGUUUUUUGGCACUAGUAUGUUUAUGUGCUGUCGUUUGUUGACCGGUAUUAAAGUGUGCCUGUUUAUUAUACUCCACUCUCCUGCACUUGACUUCGCCUCCCAUAUACACGCCUAACAAGGCAUGAAGAUUUUAAAAAACUGUCAAAACUCUGUAUGCCAAUGAAAAAUGUUAAUGUAAAUAAAGUGAUGUUACAUUAA